UGAUAGUCACACUAUAUAACAGAGAGACACUCAGACAGUGUGUGUGUUUUUCACUUUGAGGGACUGGUGUGUGUGCAGAAGAAUCAGUAAUGAUGAAGUGUUUGUAUCUUUUGUCUGUUGUGUUUCACGUCGCUGCAGGCUGUUCUCUCUCUGGUGAUGAUAAUCUGAGAGAAAUCACAGGGCACAAUGGUGGUUCAGUGCUGUUACCCUGCUCCUGCUCUGACCUGGACACCAAACCUCAGAAAUUCACCUGGGAGACCUACAGAACUGGACAUCUUAUAGAAGUGUUAAAUGAUGAACACUACCAUAGCAGACUUCAGGUGUUUAAUCACAGUUCUCCUGCUAAUCUGUCUCUGUUCAUAUCUGACCUGAGAGAAGAGGAUCAGGGAGUCUACAGGUGCAGCACUGAAAAGGAGCACAGAGACAUCUGGCUCUAUAUUAAAGGCUGUGAGCUGGUGAAGAAGGCAGGGGUAGAGCGUGUGACUGGGUUCACAGAAGAGUCUGUAGUUCUGCCCUGCGUCUGCACUGACCUACAGGACAAACCAAAGGCUGUAAAAUGGCAGUUUAAUGGAAUCAGAGAUGUUCACGAAAUUUACCCUGAACAGACUGGACAUCACAGAAACAGAGUCAAACUGGUCAGUAACAACGCUCCAGGAAACCUCUCUCUACUCAUAUCAGACCUGACUGAAGAGGACCAGGGAGUCUACAGAUGUUCUGUACAGGCUGAUAGAAGAGAUUUCAUACUAUCUGUUAAAGUAGGAAGAAGAGAAACUUCAAAAACAGGCACAACACCUUCAUCAGAACCGCCUCAGUGUAAAACAACAAACUCUCCACCUGCAUCAUCCUCAACAACACUGGAACAAGAUAAACAGCAAACACACAGGAACCUCCCUCUAGUUUUCAGCAUUCUGGCGUUUUUAUUGUUGGUGAUACCCGGUGUAGUGGCAUUUAUUUUUUGGAGACGCAAAGGAGGAAGAUGUGGAGAGAACGUGAUUACUGAAGGACUUCCAGACUGUAAGAGAAAGCAGAAGGAUCAGACUGAACCUGAUGUUGCUUACAGUACUCUACUGUUACCCACAUGAACACAGCCGGAGCAGCACGGGUCCAGAUCAACGCUGGAGACAUAACUGAAUAUGCCAGCAUUAUAACAAUCUAAUCCACAGUAAAUAGCUAGAAUAAUACUGAAUACAUACAGCAUAUUAAAUACACACCAUGGUAAGCACAGAAUUCACAAUACUGGCUUUGUUUUACUUUGUUCAAUACUGUGACUUUUUUUUUUUUUUUACCAUAAAUAGCAGAUUUAAUCAUAUUUGUGUGCUGAUGGAUAAUCCUGCAAAUUGUAUUUUAAAUGUUUGUGUCAUUUUAUGUCAUUUGUGUACCAUACUUAUAUCACGCUUAAAAAAUAUAAUGUUCUAGAAAAGUUUUGUCAUCACCCUGUUUUUGCGUAAGAUGACUGCUGUAGAAGUUCUUGUUUGUGACUGUCAUGGGAAAGUCUCUCUGGACUGAAUGUGUGUUUCUAAACUAGUUGUUGGGAAAUUGUUGUGAAAAUGUCCUUGUAGCAGGUUAAAGGGUGCAUGAUAGUGUGCUUGUUGAGUGUGGAGUAUCACACAGUAUUCUCUGUGCAUGGCACAACUUUCGUUAACUAAUGCUGUGAGAAAGAGGAAGUAGCCAUUUUCCCAUCAGUCCCCACUGCCCUGGCCACAGUCUUGUGGUCCCUCUGACAUGCUGAGUGUCUCAAAGUGGCUCUGAAGUACCAUGAGAACGCUAGUUAUGCAUGCAACUGUGGUUUUAUAAACUGCUAAUACUUGUCAGAGUCGUGUGUAUGACCUUGCAACAAAGUCAUAAAGUGACAUGAUUGUAAUUUAGCAUCCUGCAGAAUCUCAUAAAGAGAGGCCUUAAAGGACUCUUGCACAUGUGAGGGGGGGAAUUGCUGUUACACCUGCUGUCAGUCUUUAAUAAUGUUUGCCACUUGUCAGAGUGGCUGUGAACCAGCCUCAUGCUGAUGAAUUGUGCAGCUUGUUCCACUGUGAGACCAAGUGCUGAAAAUAGUCAUCGUGCAUGAACCGCUGACAUGAACCACUGGAAAACCACCAGUGUUGAUUUAACACCCACAGAGUUGAAUUCACACCUUUCAGUGUUUAUACGAGUCCACUGGACUCCUAUAAACACUCUGGGUGUUAAUUCAACAAUAAGGAUUUUACUGUGACCAAUCCUGUGGUUGCACGGCAUAGAUGACAUCUAACACCCUUAGCAUUCAGUGUUUUAGCACGGAGGGCCUUUUAGGAACCGGUUCAGCCCUCUCUAAUGUAGAAUUGUAUAGAAAUCAUUUGAACAAUGUAGCACAAGGAGUAGAAUCCUUUGUUUUGUCCCUUUGUGAUAGAAAGUCAGAAAUGUUGAGUAGGUACUUUCCACAUAUCACUUUGCCUGGAUCAUAGCAUCCUCUUUUCCACAAAGACAAGAAGAGAAGGAAACAUAUAGACUAUGGCUUAUAUACAGCAUGGUGCAGCUAUAGGGUUAAUUAAUUUAUUUAUUAAUUCAUCUUCAGUAACUGUUUUAUCCUGGUCAGUGUUGUCAUGGAUUCGGACUCUAUCCCAGCAACACUGGGCACAUGGUGGGAGAAUUCAGAUGGGCACCAUUCAGGGCACCAUUCACACACAUUCACACCUGGGGGCAAUCUAACAGAGUAAACCUGCAUGUUUUUGGACAGUGGGAGGAAACCGCACACACAAACACAAGGAAGACAUGCAAACUUCUGCACAAUCAUUAACAUGGUUUCAUUUUCACCUUUUAAGGAUUUGUAAGGAUCUUGUUGACUGCACAAUCAUGUCUACACACUUUUAUUUUCUGUUCAUGUCAUAUUCUAAGUCUUCCAGGCAUCUCACCAGGUCUAAACAUUUAAGGUAUAAAUGUUUUUAGGUUUUCUUUACAUUAAGUUUCUCACUCUUCUUGGUUUUGCUUGUGCACACACUUCUUAAAUAAUAUAAUAUUCUUAAUAUUCCCAUAAUUUGAAAAUACAUUAGACAUUUUACUUGCAACAUUCAUAAAAUUCCUGUAGCUUGUUUGUAGAUUAUACACGUUCAUACUGUUUGCAGCGAUGGCACAAAAAAACAACUUAAAAACAAAUUUACAGUGGAGCAUGAUAUUUGAAAGUUUUAUUGUAGCACAAACACAUCGCUAAUAUUUUCACAGAAUUUUAUCAGAAUCAUAACGGAUUAAAAUUAUGAAACCAACAACCUCGAAUUUCUCGCUGCAAUAAUUACUGCACACCACCAGUUUUCAAUGCUCUUAAGCUUCAGCUCAAUCAGGAAGAAGCCUCAAGAAGCUUUUUUAGCAGUUCACCAUUUUCUGAAAUCUUAUUUAAACAUGGGAAAAUGUAAAUAAAGGAUUGAAAAUGCUCUUAGGCUGGAUAACAUUAAUAUGAGAAAAGCCGGGGGUGAAAACUAUGUUUUGAUUCAAUCAAACUUUUUUUUUUUAUCCCUCAGAUAGAUAAACAAUUUAGAGAUAAAUGUGAAGCAGAUUUUACCAUCAAAGAAUUCAACCAAGCAGUUAACUGCCUUUGAUAAAUCUCUUGGGGUUUAAAGACAAUCUGCCAACUUUUACAGAUAUUUCUGGAGCUCCUUAUGAGCUGUUUUUGGUUAAGCAAAUGAGAACUUUAUUCUUCACACUUCUUAAGCCAGGAAAAGACUUAAAUUCAUUAGAAAAUAAUCACCCUAUAACUCUGUUAAACACAGACUAUAAAAUGUAGACUCAUGUCUAUGCUUCUCGUUUAAAGAAAAAGGUCUGACACAGGUAGUCAGUGAGACACAAUCUGGCUUUAUGAGACAAAGAUCAAUAUCCGUUUAGUACAAGAUGUUCCUGAUGAUAGUGGUGAGGUUGUUAACGAUAGGUUUGUUCUGUUUCUUGACUUUCAUAAAUAUCCUGAUACAACAGAGCAUCAGUUUAUGGUUACAGCACUUUGGUUUUAUGGGUUCAGGGAAAAGUUUUGCGAGCUUAUUUAAACUUUAUAUUAUAAUACAAAUAGUUGCAUUUCUUUACGAGGACCCUCACAUCUUUUGAAAUCGGUAGAGGUAUUAAACACUGCUGCCCAGUAUAGUUAAAGCCAUUCCACACACACUUAAUAAUGGUGAAAAAUGUUAAAUUCCACAGCUGCCUUAACAUUAUACUCGUCAUACAUGGAUGUGAAAUUCUGGAAGCAGACAUCUCAAUCAGGUCAUUAAAGAAGUAUGUUUGAUGAAGUUUUACAUCCUGUAUCAGGUAAAAGAAACUUAAUUUUGCAUUUAUUUAAUGAAAUUUAAUGUAGGAAAUUUAAUGUAAUGUAGUCCUUCAUUAUCUUUAAAUAAAGCAUUGGCACAAUAAUCUGUACAGCACAUUUUCCUUCUCGGCCCUUGUCAUGACUGAUGUCACUUCCAAAUACAAACACGCCCCACAGUAUAUGUGCACCCCCCUCAGCAGGUUUUUGUGUAAGCCAUCGGAAAUGCAAAUGCAAAGGGAUUUACAUUUACAUUUACAUUGACAUUUAUUCAUUUAGCAGAUGCUUUUAUCCAAAGUGACUUACAAAUGAGAAAAUACAAGCAAAGCGGUAUUUCAAGCAAACAAUACAAGUAGUGCUACCAUACAAGAUCUUUUAAUUGAGUUCCAGAAGAAGUAAAGUGCUCAGAGUAGAGCUGUAAGUGCCAGAGUAAUUUAUUUAUUUAUUUAUUUAUUUAUUUUUUAAAUGGGUUAUGGGUUAGUUAGGUGUUCACGGAAGAGGUGGGUCUUUAGUUGUUUUUUGAAGAUGGUGAGAGAUUCUGCGGUCCGGAUUGAGGUUUGAAGUUCAUUCCACCACUGAGGAACAGUUAGUUUGAAUGUUCUUGAAAGGGACCUUGAGCCACGCUGAGUAGGUACUAUUAAGCAUCAGUCGUUGAUUGAUCGCAGAUUGUGUGAGGGAACGUAAGCCUGCAGGAGAGAGUUUAGGUAGGAGGGUGCUGUUCCAGACAAGGUCUUGUAGGUGAGCAUCAAGGCCUUGAAUUUGAUAUUCCGUUUGAAUUUUGGCAGGCUCCUUACACGACCCCAAGGAAGUGAAAUAGCAAACGGGGUAAAUGGAUGAUCGGUGUAAAUUGUUAUUAGUUUGUUUAAAUAUCUUCUUUUUUUCAUUUAGUACUGCCCUUCAGAAGCUAAAUUUACAAUUUACACUGAUCAUCCUGUUCAAAAGUUGGAUGCAAAGAUGGAUCUGAACAUCAUAUAGUCACUGUUGGAAAGGGCUCAAAUAUACAGAAGAUGCUGGAAAAGUAAAGAAUGUGCCGGACCUGGAGGAUUUUUCUGAAGAACAGUGGGCAGUUUAACUGCUCAGGACAAACAAGGGACUCAUGAACAAUUAUCACAAAACAUAAAAACAGUCAUUGAUCAUCCAGGUAAUGACACACAGUAUUAAGAAUCAAGAGUGGGUAAAUUUUUGAACCGGGUAACUUUUAUAAAUUCAGCUAUUAUAUUGUAGACUAUAUGUUAACAUCUGUUAUGUGAAACUAGUUAUUCAGGACAGGAUUAAAUUUUAU